CACAAGCACUGAUAAAAGACAUACAGACCUCUGGCGCUUUGCCAAGGACUGGUGGAAUCACAUCGGCUGGCACCAGAAGCCGAAGCAACCAAGCGAUUCUCGUGGCAGAUCUAUGCACAUGCUACAGAUGAGUACCAAGCCUUACGGCCCACCACUCAAUCUACGUCUACGCCCUUCUCGUCUUCGACAUUUCCUACAGGCCGCGUCACCACCAUGGCCACCGACGGCGGACGCGGCAACCCCAGUGCGCGAGCGCUUCUUCCCUAGCCCGCCCCCUCCCACCCCACCUUCUCACGAUGCCUUCCGGCCCAAGUCCGAUUGUGAUGCCUCCAGACAUUGA